AUGAUAGCGGGACGUUUUGCUGGAGGUGGUAUUUCCACAUCCAACCGGAAAGCAUAUGCGCGGAAGGCAAGGUAUGAAGAGGUGUUCAUGGCGGAUAGAGCACACAAACAACCAAAGCUUAGCAAUGAGAGAAUGGUGAUAUCAUUUGAAGAGGCAGACAGGGAAGGAAUCAUAUAUCCUCAUGACGAUGCUCUAGUGAUAACCCACAUAAUAGCCAAUUAUACAACUAGGCAGGUACUAGUAGAGAAUAGGAGCUCGGUUGCUAUAUUGUUCUGGGAAGCAUUUGUCAAAAUGGGGAUUGAUGUUAGCAAACUGAGGCUCUCCCCUAUGCCACUAAAGGGUUUCUCAGGGGAUACUAUCCAGCCCGUAAGGACUGACACUCAACCAUUUGAGGGCGGUAACAUCCACCUACCAUCUCAAGAUGAAGUUCCCAACAGAUGGCAGCUUGGGAGAGGCGAGAGGCGAGUAGGCCCUGGCUCAAGAAUGUUAUGUGUAGGAAUUAAAGAAAGUCAAGAAGGAAGUUUGCACGGUGGUAGGACAGGAUGGGGCCUUGUCGGCCCUGCCACCACCUGUAGCAGUAACUUGCGAGAGAGAUAUAAAAGUCAGGGAUGGCCGGGUAUAGCAACAUGUAGAAGUCAACAACCUCUGGACCUCGUGGCAUUAUACACUGGCCGCCCAGGGACCACUACCCGUAUCAAGACACAAGUCCCACCAACAGAAAGAGAAGCCCUGAUACAGUUGUUAGUAGAACACACGGACGUCUUCGCAUGGAGCCAUGAAGAGAUGACCGGCAUAGACAACAAAAUCAAUGGUAUAGACCCAACGCACAAAGUAGUGAGACAGAAAAGGAGAACGUUCAGCGCAGAAAAGUACGCUGCCAUUAAUGAAGAAGUUGAAAGGUUGCUCGCAGCCGGCUUCAUCAGAGAGGCCCACUACCCGGAGUGGUUAUCCAACAUUGUCAUCGUGAAAAAGGCGAAUGAGAAGUGGAGAAUAUGCGUAGACUUCAUAGAUUUAAACAAAAAUUGCUCGAAAGAUAGCUUCCCUUUACCACGCAUCGACGCCAUUGUAGAUGCUACAUCGGGGCAUCAUAUGUUGAGCUUCAUGGACGCAUAUUCGGGUUACAACCAGAUACGGAUGAAUACGGUGGACGAAGAAAAGACAUCUUUCAUCACAGACCGAGGGCUGUAUUGCUACCAAGUCAUGCCCUUUGGACUGAAGAAUGUAGGAGCGACCUACCAAAGGCUGGUAAAUCGGAUGUUCAGGGAGCAAAUUGGGAAAUCUAUGGAGUCGGGGAAAUUCUUGGGUUUCAUCGUGUCUGAAAGAGGAAUUGAAACUUCUCCAGAUAAGAUAGAGGCCAUGAUCAAUAUGAAGCCGCUAAAGAAUCUGAACGAGACUCAACGACUGGUGGGAAGAGUGGCUGCCUUAGGAAGGUUCAUAGCCAGGUCAACAGACAAGUGCCUUCCCUUUUUCCAAGUACUACGGAAGGUCCAUCCUUGGAAUGAGCAGUGUGACGAAGCAUUCAAAAGAUUAAAGCAGUAUAUGGCCAAUUUGCCCUUUUUAAAGUGA